CCCUUUCCCUCCCUCCCCUGCGUGUUGCUGUGCAUCACAGCCUGGCUGUGUAGCACCUUCCCCUGGGCCAGCCGGGUGGCGUUUGGAGGGGAGCGACGUUGGGUUGCCCGUGUCUGCACGUGCCCCCUCCGCCCGGCUGCUGCAAAAUAGGGGAGGCGUCUCUCAUGGGGAGCGAGCCCAGCUGUGAGAAAGCUUCUCCAAUCCUGCCUGCUCCUUAGGAAGGAGCAGGGCAAGGCGAGGACGUGGGUGAUCUCCACUGAGAGGAGAUACAGAGGAGCACGUAGGACAGUUUGUUCCAGGCCCGUUUAGAGAAGGACCUGCCACGUCCGGAUCUGUGGGAAAAGUCAUGCUUCCAGUUUUGGCUUGGGACUUCUGCAUGCCCCUCGCGUGGGGAAACGAUUUGCAGGGAUGAGGGUGGGACGAUAAAACUAGUUACAGGAUGGACAGUAUCUGCGGAGAGUGAACAUCCUUUUGACAUAUCCUGUUAUCUUUCCCUGCGGUUUUGCGCGUUGCUUUGACUCUUUCCCGUUGGAGCGGUGGAGCCUCGAGGUGACCCUGGGAAGCAGGCGAGCCCUUGAGGAAGAGAGGUUUCCUCCCAGGCACCGUGAGCUGCUCUCCCAAUCUGAAUUGCGUCUCCGCUCAGGGCCUGACCCCCUCCCACCUCUGACAGGCGGCAGGAAGAUGCUCCAAGCAAGUUCCUCGGUCGUUGUACCAGCCUAUGUCGUCCGCUGGUGUAGACGGGAGGUGGAGCGGAGAACUCGGCCCGUAGGCUGACGGGAUUCGUGCUAAAUCCUUCCUAGGCAGAAUCCUGGCUUUAAGUGAAACUUUGCUUUCUUCCCUGUGUUGCAACUCGGUGACAGACUUUUCCAGCGAAAAACGGGUCUGCCUGUCUUUAGCUCGGGCUGCGUGUGGACUUGCAUGUGUAAUGUUGUCCGCAGCUGCGGUCUGAGGCAACUGAACCUUCCUAGUUGUUGCUUUGUGUAUACACUGCAUGCCAGCAGGGACCGUAAAUCCUUCCUUGUUGUUGCUGUUGCUGCCUGGGGUCUGCCAUUUGUCUACCAGUUAAAUAUGUCAUAUUUUCAUUGAAUACCAACUUCAUAAUGCUAAGAGGAAAAAUACAGUACGGUCGUAAUGAAUCACGGGCUCUGGUAGCCUUGCUCGGUCCCAGGAGACUCUGUGUGGAGCUGGCCGGAGGAUAAAAUGCUGCAGCCUAACUCUUCUUUUUCUUCACUUUUGCCUGGAAAGUGCACCCACGGGAAUUCAGAAUAACAAGACUCGUCUUGCCUGUGCAAGAAUCCAGGAUCCUGAACGGGAGGAGGAACAUGAGCGGGAGUGCAAGCAGACCCGUUGCCACUGCUGCCUGCCCUGCCCAAGGUGUCUCCCUGGCGAGGGGUCUGGUUGCUGCUGCUGGGCAAGAAAGUCUGAGGAGGGUCUGGCCAGGCACUGGUUUUGCAGAAGGUGACUUGGCUAUUGCAGGGCAUCCCAAGCUGAAGAGAGCCUUUGGGAAGACUGCGCUGCAGCAAACCCAGGAGCUGGAAGAGGAAGAGCGAGGUCUGUGUGCCGGAGGCUGUCUCCUGCUGUCAGACAGCCACGAUGCGGUCUUACGAUUUAAUGGGGCUCCUACCAGGGGAUUUAAAGAAGAUGUGGGGGAAAAGACAACAGUUCGUCUUGUUAACUCCCAGCUGGUAACUGUUGAGGAGCAGCAGUUCCUGACAGAUGCGCUAUAUAACACUGGGAUCUUAAUUGUCUGGGAUCCGGCCCCGUAUCAUGCAGAUAUUCAUGAGUGGUACAGAAAGCCAGACUACAAAUUCUUUGAAAACUACAAGCUGUAUCGGAUUAAACAUCCAGAGCAGCCCUUUUAUAUCCUGAAUCCAAAAAUGCAGUGGCAGCUCUGGGAUAUCCUGCAGGAGAAUUCCCUGGAGCAUAUUCAGCCUAAUCCACCUUCUUCAGGAAUGCUUGGCAUUGUGAUCAUGAUGACCCUUUGUGACGAAGUGCACGUGUAUGAGUUUCUCCCCUCCAAGCGGCAGACGGACGUUUGCCACUAUUACCAGAAGUUCCACGACCGUGCCUGCACCAUGGGGGCUUACCACCCCCUGUUGUUCGAGAAAAACUUGGUGAAGCAUAUAAACCAGGGGACAGACAAGGACAUCUAUACUCACGGGAAAGUGACUUUGCCCGGCUUCCGAAAUGUACAUUGUUAACGAAUUGGUCUGGGGUGUGUUUAGGCAUUUUUCUUGACUUUUGACUGUCAGAGCACUUUUUGAAUCAGGGUUGUCAAAUCUGUUGGGUCUAAACACUGGUGUUUUUUGACAGCUCUUCAGUAUUGUAACACCUGCUCUUAGGCCUUCUGUUGCAUACCGCCUUUGAACUUUAAGGCUGUGUAAUGCGUUGCGGCAUGUCCACUCGGUAUGUGUGUGAGCCACUGCUGUAGGCUUACUCCUUGUGGAGCCAGGCCCAUGCAGCGGGUGGAUGUCACCAGCUCAACUGAUGAGGGUGUACAGGAAACACAGGAGAUGCUUUCUAAGCAGAGGUCACACAAGUCUGGAUCAAAUGUUGAUGUAAUUCCUUUGAAGCAGACGGAGUUGUAACAGCUGAAAACCUGAUCCAUUUAAAAGCAGCAAAAAAAAGGUUUAAAAACUUGAUUCCAUAGUCCUGGAGCUCCUUGGAGAAGAGCCAACUUAUGGAAACACUGUCAAGGCUGGGUACUGAUAAGCUAAACUCUUAGUCCAAAAUACUUGAUUUUAUAAACAGAACAACCAUGGCAACUUCCUUUCAAAUUUUAAGAAUUCUGAAAUCAUGCUGGUGGCUUUGGCAAAUGAAAGGGGAGACGAUUCACAAUUUAGUGAUUCAUGCAAGAUAUUUUUAAACUUUUUACUUUUUUAAAACCAUUUAAAAUUUAUUUAUGUGAACAUUCCCUUUUCCAGUACAAUGCUCUGCUUGGUACAGCAGGUUCUUUAUUUCUGAUACGUUCUGGGGAAAAUGAUCCCCCAAGGGAAACAUCUUUGUUUUUGCUCAAAAGGCACAAAUGGGAGCCUAACACUUGCUGGAAGUUGGUACCUCAUUGCAGCUGUGACGCCAUGGUGGAAGCGGCCCCUCUGCGGGCUCUGUGCACGUGUGAGGAGCACACCCGUCCUGUCUUGCUCCGUAGUGCUGCGUUUCAUGUUGUCUGUAAAAUAAAAAAGUUCUUUCUUUUCUUGUUUUGAAUAAAUCCUGUGAAAUCCCUGGCCUGUUCUUGCCUUGCUGAACCUGGUGUAGUAUAGCUGCUGCUUGUACCCAGGAGACUAGUAGCAGGCUCAUGCCAGAGCAAGCGGCGUUGGAGCUGGAGCUGCUCGUGUGCCUGUCUCCGUAAGAGGCAGCAGCUCUUUGCCCACUCUGUGGUGGGAGUGCGGCUCUCCUGCUGGUUUCCCCAAGCAGGCAGCAACCACCUUUCGAACUGAGAGCAAGCUGUAAGGCUGGCUUUCUGCACGCUCACAUCUCAGUUACGUAGCAGGGUAGUGCUGCACUGGGCACGACACGUCCAAUGUGAGGCUAGGAAUGCUGGCUGGAUCCGGUACAUGAUCCACUUGUACAAACUCUAUUUAGAGCACAGGAGUUAUGACGGAGCUUAAACUAGACCAGUGUUAGCCCUUCUUUAUUUUGUUUGCUGGCUGCAUAGAUACAGAUCUAGUGUAAAUUGCAAGUGAAGACAAGCCUGGUGUUUGGAAGAGCCAAGUUCAAGUUAGUGGGCAAUAACAGGCUGUAACAAAAGCCUUGUGCCUCUUGAAGUCUCUCUUGAAUGGCUCCAGGAUGCGAACAGUUUUCUAUCCGUGUAUAAUGCUGCCAUUUCCAGGUAGCCAGCCGAAGUGCCAAGUCCUUUGAAAAACGUUUUGCGCUGUUGAGAGGAGGACAUGAGGAAGGGCUAGCAAGGCUGGAGGAGUGGAGAGUGAAAGGACGGUGUUAUUUCUUGAUGUAUUGGAAGCCUAUUAAAGAUCUUGCCUCUUGACAGUUGAUGUUCUGCUCCUGAACGUUUUGCGGAAGCAUUCUGCAGAAAUACUCCUCUGUCGCCAUGACUUCAUUUGUUUUCCUUCUCCCUGAGGACAAGUGGAGUCUGUAGCGCUAGCAGAAGCUGUGGUCUAUGAAGUACUGAAAGGGAAUGGGAGAGGAAAGGAAUGAAAGGGAAGACUGAAAGGUGAUAGGAACUGAGACACCACCAGUGAAUUGUCCUGAUUUCAGGUUUAAACUUGACAUUAUCCAGUACUCCAGAGCUCUGCUUAUUCCAGAGCUCUGCUUAUUUAUCUGCUGAAAGCAUGUUUUAGUGGGACACUAGGUCAGUAGGGAGAUAUUGUCAAGAUGUCUCACUUCCAAGCGUGCACUCUCGGGAACGCAUAGCUGUCCUUGCUUGCGCUUCUGAAAAACCUCGCAGAUGCAGAUUUUAAAAGAUAGUUUGAAAGAUCUACAAAAAGAGUAGUCUUUAAUCUACUAACAUGCAAGAGCAAAGAUUAUUCUGGAUCUGACACCACCCAGAAGCCACUUCUUCCUCUUUGCUUUUAGAUCUAUUAGAGAAUCAUGGCCACAGGUGCUCAGUAUUUAUCUGUUAACAGUAGAAUCUGAAGGAAAUGAGGUAAGUGCAGCUGUUGGGGGCUUGUGGUUGCUCUGGA